AUGGCUGAAGAUACGCUGCAGGCAGGUGGGAGUGAAGAAAGAGGUGACGAAGUGCUGGUGACCGUACAGCAGGGCACGCUGAGAGGGACCACGGCCACGAGCGUCUACAACACGUCCUACACGGCAUUCCUCGGCAUCCCGUACGCCGAACCACCUGUGGGCGACCUGCGUUUCGAGCCUCCGCAAGCUGCCAGUGGCUGGGAGGGCGUGCGCAACGCCACGCAGUACGGCAGCGACUGCGUGCAGGAGACGGGCGAGGGCUCGGAGGACUGCCUCUACCUGAACGUGUACGUGCCAGGGGUGCCGCAGGAGGGCGCCGGGCUGCCCGUGCUCUUCUACGUGCACGGCGGCGGCUUCGUCAGGGGCAGCGGUUCCGACCAGAAGUUUGGACCAGACUUCCUCGUCUCAUAUGGAGUUAUACUGGUCACCAUCAACUAUCGCCUUGGGCCGCUAGGUUUCCUGAGUACUAGGGACGUGGUGAUCCCUGGCAACGCGGGACUUAAAGACCAGCUGCUGGCGCUCUCCUGGGUGCAGAGCAACAUUGCGCGCUUCGGCGGUGAUCCUCAACGUGUGACGCUGGACGGACGCAGCGCUGGCGGCGACGCUGUCUCCCUGCAUCUCACGUCACCUUUGACUGCAGGUCUCUUCUCACAGCUGGUGGACCAGAGCGGCACCUUCGUCGCCCGCAUGUCGCUGGUGCGCGAUGCCCGCCACCACGCCUUCGCACUGGGUUCCGUCCUCGGCUACGAGGCGGAAAACUCGCAGCAGCUGGUGGAGUUCUUACGAUCUGUCAACGCCACUGACCUUCUAGUGGACCAGUCGCUCUUAAUGACGGAUGAGGAAAAACUGUACUUCUCUUACAACGUUUGGGCACCUACUAUCGAACCGGAUAUCGAAGGUGCUUUCGUACGAGAGUCUCCAAUUCGGACUGUGAGUGCAGGCACUUUCAACAGAGUGCCCAUCAUGAUCGGCGUUACAUCUAUUGAGAACGGGGCCAAUAUUCUGAAUGAAACAGACGUUGUUGCCAACCUCAACGAAAAUUUUGAAGCUGUGGUGGGGCCAUGUCUUCAUCUACAGACGACGAAUGAACAGACGCAAGCAGCACUUACAGUUAGGAAUUUCUAUUUUGGCAACGAAACUAUCAGCCUAGAUAAUCCUGAGCCUUUGGUCCAGCUUAAGGUGGACAUAGAUUUCUUCAAUCCCACUGAUGCACUCGUCAGGAAAAUAGUGGAAGUUACCGAUCUACCAGUCUACUACUACGAGUUCGACUACCGCGGAGAGAACGUACCUACAAACGAAUGGGGCGUUGAACACGGUGGAGAGCAAGGAUUCCUCUUCCUCCAUUAUAAUAACGACCUCAAUUACAACUUGGACCCACAAUCUGAAGAGGAUCAAGUGCGGAGGAACAUGCUGCGUCUAUGGACCAACUUCGUAAAAUACGGGAAUCCAACCCCCGAGGCGGAUCCUGUGGUGUGGGAGCCCUAUAACCUGACCAAUCGCAGCUACCUCCUGAUGCAGGCCAACUUCACGCUCGCACACAACAGGCUUGGUGAGCGCAUGGACUUCUGGAACGAUAACGUGCCGUUGGAGGCGUUCCCCGGAACCUACUGA